CUUAACGGUCGUUACCUUCUUCAGUGAAUAAUGCUUGGAAAUUUUUUUCAACAUGAUGUUGAUGAUAUCAACGUUCAAUCAGUGAAGAAUCGACGCCAACCAUAAUCAUGAUGUUGUAGCUGUAUUAUAUUUCUUUACUGCACUUCAUCAUAGUUCCACUUGUUGAUCUUUGAACGGGACCAAUAAAAGUUAUAACAUUAUAAGACAAAAGAGUCUUUGUCUUUGAAACGACCAAAUCAAGUAUGAAGAUACCACGAAAGGAAAAUACGAGCAGCGACGAUGACAUUGCACAGCUUGGCAGACAUUUUCAGUUCGAUAGAGCCGGAGCACCAACACUAUCACCCUGGCGAACGACCGCGGUGGCUGUCAGAAGAAGACAAGGUGGUGGGAUACGCGUACGAGAAUGCGGAUAGCACCAGACGAAGCGUACGCAAGAAAGCGAGACCGCAACCUCGACGACUCUCUGCAAAUAGAAGGGUCGAUCCAACGUCCUUCUUCGUGGACUGCCGUCUUUACCGAGAACCUUUGAACUCAAUUAAUUGGAAGGAACGCCUCAAAGCCCACUUUUAUCCGCCACCUGAAGAAGUCGAACGCGAAGAACAUGAUAAAGGCAGCGGUUGGCGUCAUGCUUGGCGGUUCUUGUUUAAGCGUUCGCCGUUGAACAAAGAUCCAGACUUGAUGGUGAGCGAGCGAUGGAACGACGAUCCAGUGACGCAAUGCGCGCAUUUACGCGACUUGUUCCAGCGACGCGAACUACGUUUCAACGAUGAACUGGCCACUGUCAAAACUCUCCGUAUCGGAAGUCCGAUGCCGUUUAUGGGAAAAAGCAUACCGUAUUUCAACAAGAUUCGCAUGGACGGAAUGCGCGGAUACGUCUGGGUAUUCGAUUCGAAUUCGAACGUUUGGUUCAAAUGUACGUCACACGUUUACCCAACGAUGAAAUAUCCGCAGUUUUUAGAGAACGAUCAACAGCUGGUUUGCUCCGUUUGGCAACCGACGCAUCGAACGGAUGGGAAAUGUGGACUGUUGAGUACUAUUGACUUUUGUUAUUUUUGAAAUUUUGCAGCUGAAGUUGUAGGAUCUGGACAUAUUCCAACAGCCUACACUUUGAUGCACCUCAACUUUCUACUUCUACAUCCAUCGAUCAAGAACAUGAUCCGCUCUUUGAAUACUUUAAGUAUCAACCCCACAGAUCGCCACUGCGACUACAAAAGCCUGACCAUGCGAACCACCUGUGUGGAAAAGGCGAAGAGUUUUCCGGAGACUAGCGCUCCCGUGCCACCAUAUUGGGACAGGGAACAAUGCAUCUACAUCGGCGACCACGACGAACGUAUACCACGCGACUUUCAGGGCAUGCCAGCAAACUAUGAAGUUUACUUUUUGUGAUGGGGAGGAUGUCGAGUUUUUUUUAUACCGCUCUGAGAAUGUCGUUUUUUGUGAAGAACAUUUUUUUCAUCUGCCAAGCAGGCAGCAGCACCAGAAACAACAGCUUGAAUGAAUUGCAACCGCAUGAUCACACGACGGAUGGAUACGUCCUCGAACGAAGACAACAUCAUUAGACGAGCAGAACCUUUUCUGCGCUUACAGAUUCUCCACUCGGUCUGGUGUUCAUCACAGGACGGGUUUUCGAACAGGUGGGAAAGAAUCGGAGCGAAAAACGAAACCGCAAAGGAGAGGCUUCCUAAGUCCGAAAAUUGUAACGCUAAAAGAGAACAAAAUGCCAGGAACCUGAAAAAGGGUGUGCGCAUCUGUAAGGGACAAUAAAUGUUGACCGUUAAGCGGUGACGAUCAUCUUUUCUCAGUAAAAACUUACUACGACUACUAGCAAAACUAGACCUUCUCUCAUCUUCGGUACGACCGAAAAGAAAACACCAUGUUAGCUAAAAGGUGCGCGUGAGAUCGAGGUCGUUCCCGCGAGAUGGACAGCAUGAGAUGAGCAAGUGGUUUAGUUUGAUCUCGGAUCAAGAAGGCAUGCUCGUCUGAAUCAUAAAGAUGGGUUUUCUUCGAAGGAUUGUGCGGCCUGUCGCGAUACGCAAUUUUGUCGGUGGUCGUCCUCUCCAUGAGUCACCUACACGCAGUUGCAUUCAUGAAAUGCAUCAAUGUUUCAAAGUAAGUAUGAGUAGGAUAUGUUUCAAAUUGUUUUAUUUGAGUGCGGCUUCGGUGGUCGAGUUCUUUUUCUGAGUGUUGUUGAGUGCUUUGCAGUUCGUAGAUGCGGUCGCGAUCGAUCGAUGGCUCGGGUAUUUUAUCGUAGACAUCUAUUUUGUAUUUGUUUCGUCCGAUAGAAGGUCUAUCUUCCAAGAAGAUUUCAGCGUAGGUUUGUGUUCCAAGAAGAUUUCAUCAACGUAGGGACCACGAACACAAGUGAAAGUGUUGUUGGAAAAUAUGGUCGCGAGAUCUCGUCACCGGGGAGAUCAGAUCCAGAUGGCGUACUAAUAUCGAUCAUCAAAGCAAGGGUCGUAGCGCGAUGCGGCGGUUUUGUAGUGGUGCGGAGGGAUUGGACCCGUUAAUCUGGGAUACUGGAGGUCCUAGAGAUGAUGUUUGCAGAAGGCGAAGCCGAAGCUCCUUUGCAGAACGCGGACCCGAAGCUCCCACCACCGGCGUCGAUGCUGGCACGCGCAACUGGGCACUUGGGCGAGAGGUCACUUUGUUGGCGAGUAGAAUUCGGCAGGUUCUUUCGAAAGAACACGAGAAGGUGGUUUUGCAGGCGCUGAUGGAGCCUCGUCACGACGAGAACCCUGAGAGCGAUGCCGACAUGAUCAAAGCGCUCGAAAAAAAUCUUGAGCAGAAAGUUGGACUCAGCGUCUCCCAAGGCGAGCACGGGCAGCUGGAGCUGCAGAGCGAGACGGCGACGAGCAAGAGCAGAGCUGCACAGCAAGGGCAGGCAGGUCCUGAAAUUCAGCAGGAGGUGGAGGGAGCCCACGAGGACAUCGACAUGUCGGAGGAAGACUUCGAGAACCUCGUGGCGGCCCUUCGGAAAAUGCGAGAGUCCUGCGAGCCUCCGGCGACAAAAUGCGCCUUCCGCUAUCUCCGCGAGGUGAUAGAUCACGUGGAAGAGAAAAAAGGACUUCUCGAACUCCAGAAGGAACUGAAUCAAAAAGUGGCAGAAUGUUCUUUAUCGCGUGGUGCUGCUAAACUGUCUUCCGAGGGGACGCAGAGUAACGCGCACGGAGAGAGUGCGGAGCAUCCUGACGCCUCAUCAACGGCUGAUGCAGCACAGAGAGAAGCGACCGAAGACGCAGAGCAGACGGGAGCGCAGAGUAAGACGAAGAAAGAUGAGACGGGAUGCGCUCCCACUGUGAGCAACGUCAUAAAAGAGUGGGAAGGUUCUUUGCAGGAGAAUAGAACAGUAGAUGCGGCAGUGAAAAAACCAGAAGAAUUGCGGAGACUCUCCCUCCUGCUCCAGACGGCAUUAGAGAGGCACGAGAGGCGCCGCUUGCUACAGGAUUAUUCGGCGCAUGAAGGGGGCAGCGAAGGUAUCUUAUGAGCGAUAUUAGAAAUUCCGGCAUUGAUUUGAUUAUUCGUGUCCACAGAUCAUUAGAUUUAUUCGCGAUGAAACUACACUUAAACACACUGCUACCACAGCCGGCGAGCGCAACGAAGGACAAGAUGCCGAGGCAGACGGGGACGGAACUAAGCAGACUGCUACCGCAGCCGGCGAGUUGAACAAGUUGCAGGAAGAGAUUACGGACUUACGAUCCGCAUUGCGCACAGCGUUCCAAGAGUGCGCUGAAAGUCGUAGCGAAUUGUUGAACAGUGCGGAUGAACCAGAACAAAGAGAUGAACUGGAGAAGUUGAUCGACGAGUCGGACACGAAAGGUUGCUACGGGGUCAGAGGGGCGGUUGGGCAAAAGGUGGAGGAUGAGUAUGACGACAGCAAACUGAAGCCGCUUUUGAACAUUGAUAGGAAACUGAUCGAGGGAAAGGAGGACUCAGAUCCACUAGAUGCUGCAGCAAGAUUAGACGUUGCCGUGACGAAGGUGACCAAAGCGAGCGAGAAGAUAGCGCUUUACGUCAAGUAUGUGAAGGGCAGGAAGAGACACCUCAACAAAGCUGCAGACCUGGGUAUUACACUGUCAAUAUUGGUUUGAAGGUGUUGAUGAAUGCGCGUAUGCGAGGUCAUUAUAUUCAUAAAAUUUUAAAUUCAUACAUAAAUAUGAUCAUGAAGUUAUUUGUCAUCGGCGGGAUUCAAGAGUAUUGUCCGGGUGUUAGUUGUCGCCCGAUACGCUCUCCCGAUACUUCUUUAUCGUGUUAAAGAAUCUGGUGCUACAGUACUUUCAGAGAUGAAGCAGCAUGAAAACGAUUUUUCCUUCUUCUCCCUUCUUCAGCGCUCUCGAGUCUCCCCGCGUUGUUCAAGCAAGAUCCUGCGUCACAGUCCUCGAAGGAGCGAAUGCGGCGCGUACAGGCAGAGAUGCGAUUGAGCCCGGCAUUGGCUCCCUAUCCAGAAGCGUGCCUUCCGAAGAACAUAUCUUCACCGACGGGCAUGGCGAGGGGGAGCGGCGAAGCAAGAAUUGUCGAGCAAGAUCUAGAUAUACUCUACGGCCGGUUUCUGCUGCGUGACGAUCAAGCACUCUGGGACGAGUCUCCUGCAGUCCACGACAACACCCACCACAACUUGGCUGGGACGUGUCUUUGUCACGGCCUGGCCGAUGUCUACGCGUCAGAUCGGCGCGUUGCAAACUUCCUCAGAGAAAGGAUCCCGGAUUGGAACGGAAAUUCCUUGCAAGCGGCUUUGAAGAAAGAGAAAGAGCGGAGGGGGGUGGAAGAGAUCCGUUUGCCUGCAGCGGUGCGCGAAUACUAUGAGAAGCAACCGCCCGACGCAGCUACCGCUGAUUUUCAAAAUCCAGCAACCCACGCGCGCUACCGCUUUUUGCACAACUUUUGCGCGUACGUGCAGAUCAUCAGGGGCGCGGAGGCGAAGUUCAACGCGGCCGGGGAAUCGGCGCAACCAAAGAUCGAUUUCAGCAAUGAUGAAAAGAUUGAGGAGCUGUACACAAAGCACAAGAACUCCGCCGUGGAUCACGUCGAGUGGAUUCGCGAUAACCAGCUGAUGAUCCGCAAAGUCUUCGAGAGCAACAAGGAGAAGGGACCGCUGAAGCCUGAACCUGAAACAACCGAGAACGUCGCGGUCACCGGAAAGAGGACGAAGAAGGCUGUUGAGCGGCAAUCAUCCGAGCUACGUCAGAUGAAGAGCGUCGAUCAGGACGGCAGCGCGAAGUAUUUAAACGGCGAAGACUACAUCAGCCUCAUGGAGUUGCUCUACGGGAGUGGUGGUGGAGGUGGCAGCGCCGUGCUGCGCAAGCCGCGAGCCCUCCGAAGGCUCCCGUUCCAGAGUUUCUUCUCCGCGAAAUGCGAUCGUCAAGAAUCUCGUGGCGAGGUCCCCGACGCUCUCUGUCAUGCGAGUCGUGAGAGUCUUCCGAAGACGGUCGAUACAGCAGAGGGCCAAGGGCUCCAGAGUCAGCAGUGGGACAAGGGCAUCGAGAGAACGGCAGCAGCCAGAAAGAUGGCCAUUCAGUUCUUGCUUCCAGCGUGUGCGCCAGGUCCGUCCUCAUCCAAAAGCAGCGCAGAUGACACGACGGCAGCUUCUGUCGGCACCGCGGCAGCGCAAAAUAAAUGUCCGCGUGCGCCUCUGCUCUUGGGUGCGAUGACGUACAUGUUCAGCGACAACUCGGGCGACGUAGCGCACCGCGACCUGCGCACGGGGGACCACGCCGCCGCGGCAGAGUGUUGGAGGGAGAGUGAUGAUGGGAAGAUACUCAUACGGGUAAAGAAUAAUUGGAACGUCGAGUCUUCCUCCUCCGAGAAAGGACUCGUGGGCAAGCGGUAUGAGAUGGACGUGGAGAAGCAGCUGCGCAGAAAUGUCGAGGAGGAACUUCGAGAAGCAGCUGGGAAGAAACAGAACAAAGCACAUGGAAAUAAGCUUACGAGAUUGCUACCGAGCUGGGGGAAGAUGAAUUUCAAGAAACUACGAAGUUCGGAGACAGCGAACCGGUGGAUCAAGAAUGGAUAUCUUCGGAUCAAGGAACUACGACUCAACCGCAAACAGAGUGCGGGCGCUGAAAUGAAAGCCGAGAAAGAAGAAGCCGAUGAAAAGACGUUCAAAGGACCAUACUUGGACCUCAUGAACCCUUUCACAGGCGAUUGGGUGCAACUGUUUGAUGCCAGCAGGAAAGAGUUUCUGUGAUGUGUCUGGCAUGAUUUCUGCAGACGCCGAGUCGUCAGUUUGUGACGUAGACGUCCGUGUCGUAGGAUUCGUACGAGGACGCUGCCGGACGAAGCUUGAUGCAUCCGGGUUGUGCUGGUUUGAUCGGUGUUUUUCUAGUAAUUAGAGCUAGAAGCAAUUUCGAUUUCGCAGGUGAGCUUGGCUAGGUAUCAUCCAUGAUCAAGAUCAAGAAUGUGUUGGAUUCCGAUUUGGUGCGGUGUCAGUCGUCUUUUUUUUUGAAAAUGACAUUUUCGACAAACAACAUGUACUUAACAUGAUCAGCGAAUUGCCAUCCUCGCGAGUCGUGGUACAGUGCAAAUGAUUCGAAGCAUGGGACGCUUGUCACCGUCUCGGUUUUCCUUUGUCACAGAUCAAAGGGGCUCAUCAAGUCAAGUAGACCUCCGCGUGCAUUGAUGCAGGUGUCAUUAGUCUUCUUAAACACUGUUUCAAACACGAUCACAAAACGCAUGAUGGAGCAGUUAUUUCUAUUGGCGAAUCCUAGAAGUAGUCAGCCCGUUUUUAAGAAGAUGUCUUCUAAGAGUCUGAAGUAUUUAGUUGCUCAAGCACCGGGAGUGGAAGAUCUACAGACGUAGUUCGUUCGUUGAAAUGUAUCUAGGUAGGUGGUGCUUGUUUUUUGUGAUGCGAUUUUUUCUAUUCGUGAGUGUCAGAGCCAUUCCAGCUCCCAUUCAGAAAAAGAAGAUUACAUGUUGUGUCCUAUUCAUGCAGAGGCAGGUCCUAAAUGUCAAUGCAGAGGCAGGUAGAUUAAGAAGAUAGAUUUAGGAAUGCGCAUAUGAGUUGUAACAGUAAGAGUUGACACGAUGGAUGGGAAAAAUCGGCAAGAAACGGGAAGCUUUGAUUGAUGCGCUGAAGUCAUUUUGCAAAAUCGGUGUGGCAACAGGGGUUCGGAAUGCGUUGUCGCAUGAAGGAGUGCUAAUAGACGAAACAGGAGCAGCUGGAGCAGAUGCAAAAGACAUGACCAUCACGAAAAAAGCCACUAUGAAACCCGUUAUAGUGAGCAGUUGUCAGCAAAGCAAAUCGACAGUCGAUGCGAAUACUUUUGAAGCAGAAAGUAGUUUUUCCACAACAACAGGCGGCGCAGGCGUACAUGCAGGAGCAGUGAAUCUCGUCACCGACGAUCGUCCAAAGCACGAAUGUGGGAUCGCAUUGAUCCGCUUUCUCAAGCCGCCAGAGUACUACCAGAAGAAGUACGGCACUGACAAGGCUGGCGUCGAUCCGCUCUUUGAAUACUUUAAGUAUCAACCCCACAGAUCGCCACUGCGACUACAAAAGCCUGACCAUGCGAACCACCUGUGUGGAAAAGGCGAAGAGUUUUCCGGAGACUAGCGCUCCCGUGCCACCAUAUUGGGACAGGGAACAAUGCAUCUACAUCGGCGACCACGGCGAACGUAUACCACGCGACUUUCAGGGCAUGCCAGCAGACUAUGAAGGUUACAUUUUGUGAUUGGGAGGAUGGCGAGUUUUUUUUAUACCGCUCGGAGAAUGUCAUUUUUUGUGAAGAACAUUUUUUUCAUCUGCCAAGCAGCACUAAAAACAACAGCUUGAAUAAAUUGUGACUGCAUGAUCACACGACGGAUGGAUACUUCCUCGAACGAAGACAACAUCAACA